AUAUAUAUAUAUAUUUUAGCUGACGCACAAACGUAAACCGUAAAAAAACAAACAAACAAAAACAAACAAACAAGAUUUAAUUCUUCUUCACUCGACUGGCGACACCGGCAUCAAAAACAAUUCAAUAUUACAGCCGGCGCUGUCAGAGUCAAAGCAAUCAGUUACAGAAAUUAAUUAAGAAAGCAAACAGCGGUCGUGGAGCGGGAGCUACAAAGACACGAGAGAGGAAGACAAAGUGUCCGAUCUGGACUCUUGUCCUCGGAGCGGCGGUGUUAAGAGCGCGGCGGUGUUAAGAAAUGUUCAGCAUGAUAAAGAACUCGCUCUUCGGAGGAACAGAGGAGACCCCUUAUAAAAUACUGAGCACAGAGACCAGGGGUGAUUUGAACUAUGAGGUCAGGCGCUAUGACGGUGGUGUUUUUGCCACAGUGAAUGUCGAUGGAAAAUCAUUUGAUGAAAGAUCGGGACAGGCGGUUCUGAAACUCCUCAAAUAUGUGGGGGGAAGCAACGACAAAGGGAUCGGGAUGGGAAUGACGGCUCCAGUGUCGAUCACGGCGUUCCCGAAGGAGGACGGAUCCCUGUCCGGGAAGCUGAACGUCGGGAUCAGAAUUCCCACCAAAUUCCAGUCGGAUCCUCCCAGCCCCACCGACGAGACGGUGAAAAUCGAGCAGAGAUCUGGGGUGACUGUCUAUGCAACGUGAGUGCGGUCUGAUGAUCACCACUAG